UAUGAUUGGUUUAUGAGCCUGUGACGAGGCCACUACGGGGUCUCUGAUUGGUCGAGAUCUGGAAACCAGGUAGUGGAAACAGCGCGACUUGAACGCAACACGCGCUUUCUUGCAGCGUCCCCUGCACUCACCGGUGUGUUGCUUUUCAUCAUGGACUCACCUCUGUUUCCCCGUGAGUCUGGGCAGUUCAUAGCAGAGCGGAGCCGGGAUGUGUUUGUGGAGGAGGAGGGAGUGAAGAAGGUGGCGGAGAUGCUCUACAACCUCCGACACGACGAGGUCCUGACCGCCAGCUGCUGGAAGACGGCAAAUCCUCUGGCGCCGGCGCCCACCUCUGACCAGGCCUUGAACUGGGUGUUUGUGGUCGACACCAUGAACUUCUCCUUUUGGCCAGAGAAAGAAACUGAACAGUGUGAGGUGACCUACAAAGGGACCACGUACACAGGCUACAUGACCCUGUGUGCUGCCAUCACCAGGGCCAUGGAGGAAGGUAUUCCCAUCACCGACCCCGAGUACUUCUCUCAGAUGAGUGUGGAGCAGCUGGCACACGUCCUCCGAUCAGACAAUGAGACACCGAUGCCGAUGCUUCAGGAGCGCCACCAGGUGCUGACUGAAGGCGGCCGCGUGCUGCUGGAACACGGCGGAAGCUUCCGGAGUUUUAUCGGCCAGGCUGGGAGUGACGCCAGGAAGAUGGUAGAACUCGUCGUGGAGAAGAUCCCCUCCUACAGGGACGAAGCUACGUAUGAGGGGAAGAAGAUCUCGUUCUACAAGCGAGCUCAGAUCUUGGUGGCAGAUUUCUGGGGCGUCAUGGAGGCCAGAGGAGAGGGAGACAUCGUCAGCAUGGACUGGCUCACCAUGUUUGCAGACUACAGGGUCCCUCAAGCUCUCGUCUACCUCGGAGCACUGCGGUACUCUGAUGCACUGAUGCAGGCGCUGAAGAGCGGCGAGCUGCUGAGUUCAGGGGACAGGAGAGAGGUCGAGAUUCGAGGUUGUUCAAUUUGGUCCGUCGAGCUCAUCAAAGAACGCCUUUGCAAGCUGGUGCAGGAGAGAGACGGGGAAACCUGCAGCGUCACCUCGGCAAUCAUCGACUUCUACCUGUGGCCUUACGCCAAGCAGCACCACAAAGAGAUGGCUCACAUACCCAUACACCACACACGCUGUGUUUACUACUGACGUACCGGCUGGCAGCAUUUCAUACAGUAGGCUGCACUUCUCAGUGUGCAGCCUUGGACCGGUGCCUCUCCCUGGGAUUAAGCCAAUCAUGUCUCCAUGCCAGAUAUAUGUACAAAUUGGCUUCCAACUCGCUGUAAUGGAAACAGGUGUCAGGCUUUGCUCUCACUUGUUGGGUGUAUGUGGGUAGCAGGACUGUUGGCCAUUCCCAGUCUAUUAAAAUGUUUGCAGUUUAUGUGGAACAUUUUCGAACACUGUUUUUUAUGGUAAUGGAGAACAAGUGGUCAUAUGCUGUAUGUGAUGAACACAUCUGCAGCGAGUUUUACAUGUAAAGUGAAUGAUCUGAUUGUGAAAUAAACAUUUUCAUUACAUGUUA